UACUCACAGUGUUGUAGUUCAUGUUUUUAUAAAACUAACACACACCUCUUUCAUCUGAGUGGUAGUUUUUUAAACUUGUUCUGUUGUAGUUUGGUGAGUUUAAUGUGUUUUUGGACCGAGUAGCUGCACCGGACAAAAGAUGAGCUUGCUUAUCUCCCAGAGGGCUGUCGAUCUGCCUGAUGAGAGCCCGAAGGCAGAAAGUGAUUCAGACAGUGGUGUAGGCUCACCCAAUGAUGAGGCUAUGACUGAAACCACUACUGGCACUGAGGCUCAAGGAGCUCUAGAUUCAGAUGAGGAAGUCGUCAUGACCCGAAAGCCACGGUCCCGGAAGGUGCUGCAGGAUAGUGACAGUGAUGGGGAGGAGGCUGUGUCUGGAAUGGCUGAAGCUCUUGUCUUGGAGGAAUCUAGUGUGGAGGGCAGUAGGACCACUGAGGAUGAACCAAUAAAGAAAAAGAAGGUGAAAAGAAUUGCUCUAGACAGCGAUGAGAGUGAGCCAGAAAAAGAUGAGCUGCCAAGCAAACCUCACAAAGAAGCUAAAAAGAGGGACAAGUCACAGAGACGCAAAGAGAAGGAAAAGCGGAAAGGUGCCAAAGUGAAACGACAUAAAGAGAAGGCCAACACUGCUGAAGAAUCCCAGUCCACAUUACCCAAGGCUCUCAAUGACAGUGGCUGCAUGCUGGGUGAUAAUGAUCUAUUUGAUGCUCAGCUAGAGGAUGAAAUAUCUGAGGGAGAGAUGGAAGAAGAGGAGUCUCUGGAUGCCAUUAGAAAUGCUGUAAAACAGAAGGCCAAGCACAAGAACUAUUUAGCUGAUUCCGAAGAGGAUGAAGAGCAGGAAGACAAACCUCAUCGUAAGGAGAGAAAAGCUGCAAAGGCUAGUAAGGAGGCCAUGAAGCAUCUCCACAGUGAGAGUCAGCGGUUUGUUAGAGAGUCUAAUAUUGGGCUUCCAUACCAUAUGCCAGAGCCCAAAGGCAUAGACCAGUUCUUCAAGAGAAGAGUUCGCCCUGAUGUGCCUGCUAUGGCAUUGUUAAAAUCUGCCAAAUACCAGGCCCGUAUGUUGGAAACAUCUGCAGCAGCAUCCAACAAACACAACCAAGCUGAGGAACCAGAGCAGUUAUCAAACCAGCAGACUGAUGUGGGUGGACCGACUCCAGACAGCUCUAGCCAACAAAAAGAGGAUAUUGCAAAUGAAGAGGAGACCCAAGCUGCUAUUGAAACAGAACAAGUCCAAACAGGAAUCGACGUAAAUGCUGAGUUAGUGGAAGAGACUAGUACUACUCAGUUUGUGAAGGUUACUGAGAUGGUUAAAUCCCCCCAAAAGGACCAUGAGGUGCCACUUGUUCAGCAAACUGAGUCUGGUACAGAACACUCUGCACAGGAAGGCUCUACCCUAGCAGAUCAGGAGCAAAUGGUGUCCAAACCUAAGAAGGAUAAGCUGGCCAGACUGCGUGAACUGGGUUUGGUGCCGCCACCUGUAGCAAAGUUGUGUGCCGACGAUGGAGCUUUUGUCCUGCUAGAGCCUCCGCAAGCAAAUCCAGCUCUGGAAGCCCUCAAAGAACGUUUUUUAAAGCACGUCCAACCAGUCGCUCGCUCAAAGGGAGAACGGUCAAUGCACGUGAAUGUUGUGAGAAAAGACAAAACUGCCUCUGGUCAGGAGGAGCUGCAUGCUGAAUCGAUUACAGUCACUGUCAACAAGGAAGAAGAGGAACCUGUACACACUAAGCCAGGAGAGAAACUGGUUUUACUGAAGUCUCGCCUGCAGCAGGCCAUGGCUAUCCAUCGGCAGGAAGAAAGAGAACGCAGGGCUGCUCUUCAUCGACUUGACAAUGAAGAUUGCGAGGAGGAGGAAGAAGAGAUGACCGAGUCAGAGGAUGAAGAGGGGGUUGAUGAGUUGUUGGGUGGUAAUGGUGAUGAAGAGGGAGAGAAGGCCGAUGAGGGUGAAAGAGAGGAAGACGAAGAUGGAACAAACCGAAGCAAGAAAUCCAAAAGACCAAGCUUUCCCAUUUUUAAAAGUCCAUCUCCCACCCCAGAUGCUGAUGGAACUCUGAUGCUGUUUGCAGGCAACUCCUGCUCCAGAACAGGGGAUGGUGUGAGGCAAUCUGAGCAAGCCUGUCAAGAAAAUGACAGCAAAAUGGAAGAUGAGGACGCACUCUCCUUGACUAAGGACAACAGUCAUAACAGCAGCUUUGAGUUGACAAGUUCGACACUGCCAUCAUAUCAGCCUGUGAGCCGUGCUACAAGCAAAGGUCUUUCAGCAGCUGUGUUCCGUUCACCUUCACCUUGCUUCUUCAGACCCAGUUUUCUUGGAUCAGCAUCCAAGAGUUCUGGUAAGAUGUCUGAGCCCUCCCUCACCCUUCCUGUGGAGGAUUCACAGGACUUGUACGGUGUCCCUUCCCCUGAGGGAGGAGACUCGCAGGGCCCAUUUUCCUUGGAGGAGGACACACAGUCACAGCUGCUAGAUGCUGAUGGGUUCUUAAACGUAGGUCCACGUGGUGGCCCAAGCCGCUCACACAAAAGGCAGCUGCUGUUAGACAACCUGGAUGAAAAUGCUAUGGACGCCAAUAUGGACGAAUUGAUAGGGCUCUGUUCUGGAGGCUUUGCCGCGGUUAGACAGAGUCAGACAGGAGCCGAGGACGAGCUACUGGGUCUUUGCUCCGGAAACUUCUCCACCCAACCUGCGAGAGCCAGCAGACCCAGAGAGGAGCUUAGAAUGCUGGAGGCAGAACAAAGAGUUGAGGGCAGUCGUGGAAGCUCUGAUACUGAUAUGGAUCAAUUGCUUGAUUUCUGCUCAGGAAAGUUCACUGGCAGCCCUGCUGCUUCUCCAGUGCAAUCUGUCACAAGCCUGCCUCCUGAUCAGAAGAACAACCGGAACAAGGUAGAAGAGGGUGAAGAAGAGGAAGAAGACAAUUGUGAGUUUCGGCUCAUGUCCGAUGUAGACAGCAACAGUGAAAAGGAUGAGCUCGAGGAAGACUCAGAGGCUGAUGAAGAGAAUGAGGAUGAGGUAGAAGAGCAAGAGGAUGAGGAAAGGGAUGCAGUCUUUGGACAACGCCCAGGCAAAAGGAAGAUAAAAAUGACUGACUUUGUGGAUUCUGAGGCUGAGCUGUCAGGCAGUGACCUGGGCAGUGAGGACGAGGACGAAGAGGGAGGUGACGAAUAUGAGGAAGAGGAGCUACAGGAAGAUUUGCCAUCAGAUGAGGAGCUGAUGGACCAAGUCAACAAAAUCCACAUGAAACAGGUGCUUGAUGACGACAAGCGUAAACUGCGCUUAUAUCAGGAGCGUUACCUGGCUGAUGGAGACCUGCACUCAGACGGACCUGGUCGAGAGCGACGCUUUCGCUGGAAAAACAUUGAUGAUAACUUGGAGUUUGGAAUAACUGGUGAGGGUGAAGAAGAGGAGGAGGAUGAAGUGGAUCAAAGUGAGCUGCAGAGGCACAAGGAGAGGGUAGAAAGGGAGCAGUGGCUGCGAGAGCAGUCUGAAACAGCUAAGAGAGAUGAGGAACUAGAGGAGGAUGAGGAGAAAAUUGGAGAAGACGACAGCCAGUUUAUGAAGCUUGCAAAGAAAUUUACUGCUAAAGCACUCCAGAAGAAAGAGCUUCCUGCAGUGCCUGUGCAAAGCAAGGUCUCAAACACCAACCCAUUUCAGAAGCCCUGUCAACCUGUGGUGAAAAGAGGAUCCCUGCUUAGUCAGCCACGGGCAGUGCUGCAAAAACUUGCCAACAUUUCUGAUGGCAACCCUCUCGCACCAAGAAACACUCGAGGAUUCCUCUUCCAGACACUGUCCCCAGAGAAGGAGCCACCUGCAUCUACCAGCCCCAAGAAGCAGUUGAAGAAACGAGGUCAGACUGGGUCCCUGGCCCCUGCUGCAAAAAGGCCAUGCCGAGAGAACUCCGUGAAGCCCACUGGCCCUCCAAGAAGUAUUUUUAGUUUUUUGGAAAACUAAAGCUAUUAAGUCUUCACACCUCCAGCAAGCCUUGUAUUGGGUGGGCUGCCAUAUGUCUGCUCUGCCCACUUCAUUUUUUGUAAUGUACUUGAUGUCCUGUGGGGUUUUGGUCCAACUUUUGUAGUUUACUAAUUUUAAAUGUUUUAUCAUGUAAAUAUUGUGAUUUUAUUGCUUUAUUUUUGUUUGUUGUAAAGUUGUAAAUUAAAAGCUUAUUGUAAACAUGA